AGAAACUUAGCUGAAAAGCAAAAACAGAUUCGUCACUCGACCGACUGGCAGGAAAACAGAGCAGGGAACUCUCAAAUUCUCCAUUACUCAUUUGUCCCAAACGACAGCAGGCACGGAAAUUGUUUGAGUGAACGGUGUUUAAGUCGUCGAAAUUCCGGAUAUAAACCAAUCUAGUCAAUUUUUUAUCGUUGAUAAUGGAUGAUCGAAGUGAAAUAGCUCAGGAUGGUCCCGCCGGCAUGGACCCCGAGGGUGUCAUCGAGUCCACCUGGCAUGAGGUGUACGACAACUUUGAUGACAUGAACUUGCGCGAGGAGCUGCUGCGCGGCAUCUACGGUUACGGUUUCGAGAAGCCGUCGGCCAUCCAGCAGCGCGCUAUCAUUCCUUGCGUGAAGGGUCGCGAUGUCAUUGCCCAGGCGCAGUCGGGAACUGGCAAGACUGCCACCUUCUCGAUCGCCAUCCUUCAGCAGAUCGAUACGUCCAUUCGCGAGUGCCAGGCCCUAAUCCUGGCCCCCACUCGCGAGCUGGCCACGCAGAUCCAGCGCGUGGUAAUGGCGCUCGGUGAGUACAUGAAGGUGCAUUCGCACGCCUGUAUCGGCGGCACCAAUGUGCGCGAGGAUGCCCGCAUUCUAGAGUCUGGAUGCCACGUUGUUGUGGGCACUCCUGGCCGCGUCUACGACAUGAUCAAUCGUAAGGUGCUGCGCACUCAGUACAUCAAGCUCUUUGUCCUGGACGAGGCUGAUGAGAUGUUGUCCCGUGGCUUCAAGGAUCAGAUCCAGGAUGUGUUCAAGAUGCUGCCUCCAGAUGUGCAGGUUAUUCUGCUGUCCGCCACCAUGCCACCGGACGUGCUCGAGGUGAGCCGUUGCUUCAUGCGCGAGCCAGUUAGCAUCCUGGUGAAGAAGGAGGAGCUGACCCUUGAGGGUAUCAAGCAGUUCACAGAGAACUGGAAGUUGGGCACAUUGUGCGAUCUGUACGAUACGCUGUCCAUUACCCAGUCGGUUAUCUUCUGCAACACCCGACGCAAGGUGGACCAGCUGACCCAGGAGAUGUCGAACCAUAACUUCACCGUCUCGGCCAUGCACGGCGACAUGGAGCAGCGUGAUCGCGAGGUCAUCAUGAAACAAUUCCGUUCAGGCUCAUCUCGUGUCCUGAUUACCACUGAUUUACUGGCGCGCGGUAUUGAUGUGCAGCAGGUGUCGCUGGUCAUCAAUUAUGACUUGCCCUCGAACCGUGAGAACUACAUUCAUAGAAUUGGUCGCGGUGGUCGUUUCGGUCGCAAGGGCGUUGCGAUCAACUUCAUUACAGACGAUGAUCGACGAAUCCUUAAGGAUAUUGAACAAUUCUACCACACAACCAUCGAGGAAAUGCCUGCUAAUAUUGCCGAUUUGAUUUAGAUCUUUUUUCUGUUGAGCCGCAAAAACAACUAAGAAAUAAAAUUCUAAAUAAAAAAGUGAGUGAGCAACAAAACAGCAAACCAAGCAAGCAACUGCGGAAAGCGAAAACAACCGAGCGCAAAAAUUUAAUAAAGUUAAAUAUUUAUUAUUCAACCAACAAUUCAAAAAGGCAUCAGAGCAGAGCAACAAACCAAUCAACGAUCAAGGACACGCCGCUGGCAUUAACAACAGAGCAGUAGCGGCAAUUCCAUCAAGCAACCAUGGCAACAACAUCUUGCGGACGCUGGGGCAACGAACAUCUCGCCGAAGGCCCGCAGAGAAGACCAUGUAAACAUUUAGUCCUUCCUUGUGUAACAUCAAUUUUAAAACUGCGUCGUCAACCAGCAACAACAAAUAUAUACAAAUAUAUACAAAAACAAUUUGCAUCUA